AUGACUGUAAAUCAUUCAUAUUUCUCUCUAAUGGAGGUGAGUAACCGUUCGCCGGAGAAGACUGGUUACAUCUGCAAACUAAGAUGUGCAGUUAAGAACUAUAAUUGGGGUCGAAUCGGUAGCGAUUCACGAGUUUCCAGAUUGUUCUCCAAGAAUUCUGGCCUUUCCGUAGAAGAUGACGAACCUUACGCCGAGUUCUGGAUGGGAACACACGAUUCUGGACCUGCGUUUGUAGUUGAAAGAUCUACCAAUGGUUCUAAGAACGACGAAGAAGAGACUUUGAAGUCUUAUAUAUCUCGAAACCCUAGCGUGCUUGGAGAUAAGGUUAUACAGAAAUGGGGAAAUGAUCUUCCAUUCCUAUUCAAGGUACUUUCAGUAGCGAAAGCUUUAUCGAUUCAGGCACAUCCAAAUAAGGAAUUAGCUAAGCAAUUGCAUAAGCAACAACCAAAUAUCUAUAAGGAUGAUAAUCAUAAACCUGAGAUGGCUCUGGCGAUUACAGAGUUUGAGGCCUUAUGUGGAUUUGUUAGCAUUGAGGAUCUUAAAGAGGUAAUUCUGAAUGUCCCUGAGAUUGAAAAAGUGAUUGGAAGUUCAUAUAAGAAGCUAAUAUUAAAUAUCAACAACCAUGAAGAUGUGGAAGAAGAGAAUGUGAGAUCGAUUUUGCGUUCAGUGUUUACCCAACUUAUGUCCGCUACUAAAGAUGCAGUCUCCGCAGCAUUGUUGGAGAUGAGAAGUCGUCUAAACCAAUCAAACAAGGAUGGGCAAUUGACAGAAAAGGAAAAACUAAUUCUGAAAUUAGAAAAACAAUAUCCAGAAGACGUGGGUAUAAUUGCAGCUUUCCUAUUAAACCAUGUACAACUCAAGCCAGGCGAAGCUCUUUACCUAGGAGCAAACGAACCUCACGCUUACUUAUCCGGCGAAUGUAUAGAAUGCAUGGCAACAUCCGACAAUGUUGUAAGAGCCGGUCUCACACCAAAAACAAGAGACAUCCAAGUCCUUUGUUCCAUGCUCACAUACAAUCAGGGAUUUCCCAAGAUCUUGGAAGGAAUUGAAGUGAACCCAUAUACAAAGAAAUAUCUUCCACCAUUUGAUGAAUUUGAGGUCGAUCAUUGCACACUUCCAAUAGAGACAUCCAUGGUUUUUCCUAUUGUUGAUGGACCGUCCAUUUUUGUGGUGACCGAGGGAGAGGGAAUGUUUUGUGGGGCUUCGUUUGAAGAGAUGGUUAUGGAAGGUGAUGUUUUGUUUGCAGGUGCUGGAACCGAGGUUUCUAUAGCCACUAAAUCGUCCCAUAUUAAUCUUUAUAGGGCUGGAGUUAGUAGUAGCUUUUUCAAUUUGACCUUGAUUUUAGUUAGUUGUGAGAGCUUGACAACUGAUGGCAUUGCUGCCAUUGUUUCCAAUUGCAGGUAUAUGAUUUCUCAAGCUCCACAACUUGACAAGAUUGAAUCAUUCAGUGUCUUGAUGCAAGCUCCACAACUGGGUUUUGGAAGGAAGGUGAUUCAGUUGCACGAGUCAGUGGAGUUGGACAAAUCCGGAAAAAGGAGGAAAGCUAAAGCUGUUUUGAUAAAGGCAUUGUUCAUUGUUGUAAUACUGAAACUAGUCUGUGUUCAUGUUCAAUACAAAUUGCUCAUUCUGUUUUGGUUGAAUACAUUGGAAUUUGGAAAAAGAGGAGGAUGA